CGAUGAAGGCGGUAAGCCUGCGGCUCUGGCUCUUGAUAAGGCGUUAUUGUUGCGGAUACCCGCUAUGACGUCGAGUUCCUGUCACUCAAAUGCCUUUUUACGAAACCCAUAUUUUGCAUUCGAAAUGCCCCGUCUUCUUUCCUGCUUCAUAUUUUCCUCUUUCGAUACCCAUUGAGCACCCUGUUAACCAUCUGAAUUGCGCAACUCUCUCAACAUGGUACCCAAAGUACUCCAAUUGAAGUGCUAUUGCAACCAGUAUCCCUGGGGGAAGCAGGGCUCCCACUCGCUCGCGGCAACACUAUGUUCGAAAACUCCCGGGACGGACUUCAAGAUCGACGAGAAUACCCCGUAUUCUGAAAUGUGGAUGGGCACGUAUCCCGAGCUUCCUUCCUAUGUGCUUGAGACUGGCGAGGACCUCCAAGAUGUCAUAGACAAGCACUCCGCCGAGCUUGUUGGCGGGAACGUAGCCAAAAAGUUCAACCACACUAAGAUUCCAUACCUGCCAAAGGUUCUGUCGAUAGCGGAGGCCCUCCCAUUGCAGCUGCAUCCGAACAAAAGCCUCGCUGCGAAGCUUCACGCCCGGAAUCCCGACCAAUUCACGGAUCCAAACCACAAGCCAGAGAUUGCUCUGGCAUUGGGCGACUUCGAGGCAUUCUGCGGUUUCAAACCACUUACAGAUAUUGAGCGGCUGAUGAAGUUGCCGCCUCUUCAGGCAUUUAUGCCUCAGAUCAGGAAGCCCGACUUCGAUGAUCAGAUGCUCAAGUAUGUCGUCAAGUCCAUGCUCGAAGCAAGCGACGAGGCCAUCGAAAAAAUAAACGACGCCUUGAUGAAGCUGCCAAAAGAGGCCUUCGGCGCAGACAGCUACAUUCCCGACUUGAUUCCGCGUCUCGCGAAACAGUACGACAAGUGCGACAACGGUACUGUGGUCGCUUUGGUCACGAUGAACUACCUCCAGCUCAACGCCGGCGACAGCAUCUACAUUCCCGCGGAUGGCAUCCACGCAUACCUCUCCGGCGACAUCAUCGAGUGCAUGGCGCGCUCCAACAACGUCCUCAAUACGGGCUUUUGUCCGCGCGCUGAUCGCGACUCGAUUGAUAUGUUUAUCUCCUGUUUAACCUUCACUCCGCACGACGCUAAGGAGGCUAUGCUGCCCCCUAAGCCCUUCGAACGGUGCAAGAACGGCAAGGUGAAGAUCUACGCUCCGCCGAUGAGCGAGUUUAAUAUGCUUGCCGCAGAGCUCGGAGAUGGAGAGAGCGAGACUGUCGAAGCGCUUGGUGGUCCGGCUAUUAUGAUCGUGACCAGGGGCGAAGGCACGAUGAAGGCGGACGGCAAGGAGCACAAGCUGAGCGAGGGCUAUGUGUUCUUCAUCGGACAGGGCGUUGAGGUGGAGUACAAGGCGUCGAGCGGUCUACAGAUGUUCACUGCAUUCGUGGAGUAGAUCUUGCACAGCGAUCCGGUAGCCGCGUUGGGAGCAGAGCGGUUAUAUGGCAUAGAAGGCGCUAGAACACCGGCACGAACUGCAGCGCAGAGCAGGUACCUUCCAAGUACUCCGCUUUUCGCUAAUGCAGGUCAUACUCCCAAUGUAUACUAGAUGUAUCGGAUUGGGAUUCG